CGUGAGCGGGCCGGCGCGCGAGGCUGGGGGGCCCCGGAGAACGAGCCUCAGGGCGGAGGGCGGGGGCGCGAGCGCGGCGGGCGGCGGGCGGCGGCCUGGGCGCGGCGGCGGCCGAGAAGAUGGCGGACGGCGACAGCGGCAGCGAGCGCGGCGGCGGUGGCGGGCCCGGCGGCUUCCAGCCCGCGUCUCGCGGCGGCGGCGAGCAGGAGACGCAGGAGCUGGCCUCGAAGCGGCUGGACAUCCAGAACAAACGCUUCUACCUGGACGUGAAGCAGAACGCCAAGGGCCGCUUCCUCAAGAUCGCCGAGGUGGGCGCGGGCGGCUCCAAGAGCCGCCUCACGCUGUCCAUGGCGGUGGCCGCCGAGUUCCGCGACUACCUGGGCGACUUCAUCGAACACUACGCGCAGCUGGGCCCCAGCAGCCCCGAGCAGGUGGCAGCGGCAGCGGGCGCCGAGGAGGGCGGUGGGCCGCGGCGCGCGCUCAAGAGCGAGUUUCUGGUGCGCGAGAACCGCAAGUACUACCUGGACCUCAAGGAGAACCAGCGCGGCCGCUUCCUGCGCAUCCGCCAGACGGUCAACCGCGGCGGCGGUGGCCCGGGGCCCGGCGGCCUGCAGAGCGGCCAGACCAUUGCGUUGCCCGCGCAGGGCCUCAUCGAGUUCCGCGACGCGCUGGCCAAGCUCAUCGACGACUACGGCGGCGAGGACGACGAGCUGGCUGGGGGCCCGGGCGGCGGUGCCGGGGGCCCCGGGGGCGGCCUGUACGGGGAGCUCCCGGAAGGCACAUCCAUCACGGUGGACUCUAAGCGUUUCUUCUUCGACGUGGGCUGCAACAAGUACGGAGUGUUCCUGCGCGUGAGCGAGGUGAAGCCGUCCUACCGCAACGCCAUUACCGUCCCUUUCAAGGCCUGGGGCAAGUUCGGGGGCGCCUUUUGCCGGUAUGCGGAUGAGAUGAAAGAGAUCCAGGAGCGGCAGAGGGAUAAGCUUUAUGAGCGACGCGGCGGAGACGAGUCAGAGGGAGAGGAGGUGGAUGAGGAUUGAAACGCCUAGCUUCCCCUACGGGCCUCCCCACCCCACCACUAGAGAGCCCCCCUUCCUGUUCAUCCCAGUGAGCUAGUGGAGGGGGAGCAAGGGAGGCCCCAGAAGGAGAAGACAAAAUUUAAAAUAAUAUAGUUAAUUAAGAGAAAUAACCAUAAGAGAGAACAGUCACGGACAAUUAGAGAAAAGCAGUAAAGUUCCAAGGAAUUGACAGCAACCUACAAAGAGAGGACGACAGCGCCUCCUCACCUGAGCAAAAGUCUCAACUUCUGUUGCUUCCCAGCUGAGGUUCCUAAAUCCAUCAGGAUAAUCCUGGGUGGGGUAGAUCCUUGCACAUUGGCCAAGGAACACCUCUUGAGUUACCCAGACCCACUGAUGACAGCUGAAUUUGUAUUAUACCUGGGGUAACCUGGUCUUAAGAUAGUGUCUUAUCCCUUCACCUCCAUUGAAAUCAGCGUUUUGGAUCUAGAUCUUCAUGGAAUUCUUGUGAAGAGAGAGGCAUUUGCAGUUACCCAGUUCUGAGGGUACAAGUUUUAUGAAAAGGAAUGCAACUUUAAGUAAUCAUAGACAGGGCAAAAUAAGAAUUCAAGAAGCCACCAGGGAAUACAGAAACAAGUCGGAUCCAUUUUUUUUUUAAAUGGUUUUGCAUGGAACCUGGAACAAGGUCCAUGUCUUGUCUUUGCAGAAUUAUUUUCCGGGAUGCAGAUGGAUUCAGGUGUCAGUCCUUGAACUAGAAUCCGUUAUUAUAAUAUUUUGGAAGUCGGCAAAAUUUUUUCAAAGAUAAAAGCAGUUUUACAUUGGGGGUUGCUGAGGUAGGCACAAGCAGAAAUCAGGCAUAAAGCACAAGGAAAACUGUUUGAGUGGAUUGGUUGCUGCUCACUAAAGUUCUUCCCCGAUCUCCAAAUAUGGAGGUCAUGUCUUAGAUAUGAAUGAGAGCCAGAUCCCCGUGGCUCCACCGUGUGAGCCAGUGAAUUAUGGCUAAUUCGGCAGUUUCAGCCACUGGUUGGCUGGAUUUUAAACCGUAAAACUUGAAGAUAUCUACAAAAGGAACAGUGGCUACAAGCCUGAGCUUUAAUGGAAUAUAAGUCCUCACAGAAAAGUUCGAAAUAACCAAAACUGAAGUCUUCAUCUACCUUCAGUUUAAUCUGUGGAUUUGUUUAAACACUAAAGAUCCUCAGGUCCAGAAUUCCAGCAACAUUUAUUCUUUUAAAAUAAAUUUUUAAGAACUUGAUCCAUUGUAUCAGUACCUCACAAUCAAGUUGGCAAACGAUGGAUGAGUGAUUCAAGUAGCGUGCCCUUUGGAAGCUGAAAUCCAUCUGAAUGGAGCUGAAGUGAACGUGAAUAUGCUGACUAUAUCCUGGAAGCAUUUUUAUACCAUCUUGAAAUUUCAACAAAACUGCCUUUUGCCAGUUUAUCCAGCUGUCUUUCAAGAAUAAAAGUUGGGGUUUUCAAGGAUCGCCUCUUCUAUAUUUUAAAUGGAUUUUCAGUAUGAUCUUUACUAAUCAAGUUAAUCCCACCCCAUCAAAAGGUAUUCCUAGAAGUGUCAGAACCUAGGUAACUGAAUUGAAUGGGAGCUAAUGUUCUUUCCAAAGUUUUCAGGUAACUUUGUGCAACACCUUCUCAACCAGGAGGCAAGUAACCCCACUUCCACAAUCUUAGUAUUUUUUUUUUAACUGCAUGCCUGCCCUUUAUUUGAGCUGCCUUUUAAUUUAUUGCAUACCCUUUUUAUUAUCUUAUUUUGGUAUUCAAUCUAUACAAUCUUUUUGUAUUUAUUGGGAAAUGAGUAAUAUACAAAAAGGUCGUUUUCAUGAAUUAGUGGCUGAGAGGGAGGGAAUAAUUGUGUAUAUAAAAUUAGGCUUUUUUAAAAAUUAGGUUUGAUUCAGAAUAUCUCAUCUUAGAUUUUUAAAAAAUAGUGGAAGAGCCACAAACAUUGGUGCCCUUUUCAGACUAUUUCUCUACUCUCAUCAUCCACAGUAGACUUUUUAAACAGAUUUUUUUUAAAGCAUUUCUUUUUUUAAAAAAUGUUUCUCCGUUGCAAAGAAUGUUUCCUAAAUUGUAUGGGAGCAAUAGUAUUUUUGAUGUUUUAAUGACAUCUGUAUACUUGUACUGUAUUUUGUACUACAAGGCAGCUGUUUUCAAUAAUGUCCUGCUGUAUUUACCUAUGUGUUUUGAGUGUUUAUUUCUUUGCUGCGGAGAACAAAUCCCUAAAUAGUUUUAGUAAAGGAGCUGAGAAACUAAGCAUUAUUAGGUUUGCAGAAACUGUUUAAGUUUCAAACUCUGAGGCAGCAAUGAAAAUUAAGGUUGCAGCUCUUAGUUGAUAGCUGUAACUUUUUCAUUUUCAAAACAUGUAUAAUUCCUGUAGAGACCAACUUGUUUUCCUGCUUCAGUGGUGGUUCUGUUGCUCAGCUGCUGUGAGCCAGUUCAGUUUUGCAAAGGUGCAGUACCUCUCCUUUCUAAGGGGUUGGUUCAUUCUUUUUUCUUUUCUUUUUGUUUGGCUGAAUUGCAGUAACUAGCCUUGCCCUUUCUACUCUGUAGAAAUGACAGGGUCUUCACAAUCCUUCACCAGUGGCUACUAAGCUAUAAUUAGCUGAACAGAAAGAAUGUGGAAGUGGUCUGAGGCAUAUAGAGUAUAUGCCAAGAACACUACCAUAUAUGGCAUCAGCUUUGGUUACCAGAGAAAUUUUCUUAGUCAUUAGACCAUAUAACAGUAGUAUAUCAUAUGUAAAUCUUUAGAUAUCAAUUUGAGAAUCCUCCAAAAAAAGGAGCAAAGAAUGCAUAAGCUAUGUGUUGGAAAAAGUAAUUUAUAUUAAAAUUUUGACCUGCCUAUGUAAGAUUAAGUGGUAAACGUCAUAGUGGUGGGUUUUUAAGUCUUAACCAAUUUCAAAGGUUUGUUUCUCCUGCAGGGGGUGGUUCACGGCCUCUUCUCACUGCAGGAAGAUUACAGGAGGAUGUGGAUUAAUUGUAGCAUUCACUGAUCCUCAUUCCAGUACUAGGGACAAUAGAAAUCUGCAAAGCAUAGAGACUACACUUGGUGUGUGGUUUGUUAAACAAGGUGAUAGUAACAGGCUAGCUUUUAGAACUCAUUCAAAGUAUUGCUUAUUAAAGGAAAUGAUCUUUGUUAAUUCCAGUCAGAAAAUGGCAUUGUACAGACUAUGGGAAACCAAUUUUUUUGUUUUGUCUUUCAAGCACUAUUAUGAACAGUGAUUUAGGGCUGUUUUUCAGCUUUGGCAAACAUCCCAGCUAAUCACAUGUUCAAAACAGUCAUAUUCUUGAGAAGUAGGGAACUAAAAUUCCUCUUCAGAUAAUUGGUAGAAUGUUUGUUUCUCAAACUACUGCAGUUACAGACAUGAGAAAUCAAACUUCAGGAACAGAAUCAAAAGAGCAAAAAUCUGUGUCAAGAUACUCCUCUUCCCUUCUGGUUUCUAUUGUCCCUACCUAUCAUUCAAGUAGAAUGGCAGUUCUAGCCAGCAAAGAACAUUUUCAGUGCAUAUGCUGCACAGUACAAAAUGUAAAUCUGUAUGGCACCAAAAAAUCAAAGUGAAAACCAAACCAAAAACCCAGACACCCUAUGUUACUAUGGGAGGCAUGUAGGUGGUGUAAAUGACUGUAGCUGUGAUGCACACAUGGCUACUUGUCAAGUCACUUUCCAUAAUUAUUUACUGCAAAAUGAUUGAGAGGCUUUGGUGCAGGCAGCCUAUUAACCUACUACUUCCUUUGUUACCUCUCAAUCACUUUGCAAUAAAUUGCAGGUCUUUUAAGAGAUUCAAGCUUCAGUUUUCUCAAAAAACAAAACAAUUUUCCUGGCUUAUCUGAAAAUGCAGGGUUGUGGGCAAAAGAGGCUGGUUAUAAUAAUGCCCUCAUAUUGAGUGGUCUGUAAAUGGCUGCACACUUCAGGCACUAUAGUUGCUGAGGAUGCUUUGUUAAAUAUGACCUUGACUGGCUUUACAGGGGGUAGAAUGUGCUCUACACAAGGUAUUAAAAGGUAACUGUUCAUUUGUGUCUACCUUGCUCUUGAGGUGGAUGAAAUUAAGAAGCUUGAGUGUGUAAGCCAUGCACAUAGGUAUUCUUCACUGUAAAUUUUGUUUUCAUUUUUAACCCAAUUAUGGUACUUUGUCCAAUGCACAACUGAUCUCUCAGUAGAUAUUCAUUUGAAAAUAGUGUGGCCUUGAUCGGUGAGAAGGGGAAGGAAACAAGUGACUUUUUGCUUAUGUAAAAUGACUCGUUUGCCGAGAGUCAUUCUGCAGCACUCUUAGUGUCUAAUGCGUUUGUGAUCAGUCUCCUUGUUGAUUGGGGAAAGUUAAUGUUUUUGACCCUGGAGUUAUUAAUUCAAUUGAGUUGUCUUCUGUUUUUAGGAAGUAUCAGAAUUGCUGUGAUAAAAAAGUUGACUGCUUUGAUGUCCAAUCUCAGGUUUUAGAAUAUAUAUAGUGGUGUAAAAUUCCACUGUUAACUCUUAAAACAAUUUUAAUUUAGUACACCCUAAACGUCACCUGCAUAAGGCCUGUUCAGAGAGCAGAGCCUCCCAUCUUUUUGCUCCUUUUCCACUUUGUACUUCACUUGAGAAAGUGUCUUGUGAUUUUACAUUGUAUAUUUCCAUUUUAACCCUGACAUAUUUCUCAAAGAUAAAGCACUUUUUGAUCAUGAAAUACAUGGAAUCUUUGUGUGAUAUGGAUCAUGGUUUCUCAGGCUCCCCUAGGUAAUUUGCUUAUGAAUAUCAUUCUAACUGUGUAAGAAGAGUGGAAAUCUUUGCUAAUGUUAGAAAGUUUGUAUUAUUGAUCUAGAAUGCAUUUUGCUAGCUUCCAAUAGAUGGGAGAGUAAAUAAUGCUGCAUUCACAAUAUAAUAAGUUACUUUCCCUUGAGCCUUAAGGUAACUUUUUUUUCUGUCAAUAACAGCACUGAAGUUAUAGUAAAUGAAUGAGAUUACCAGUUUUCAGGGUUGGUUUUAGAGUACUGUAAAUCAAUUAGCUGUCUUCCUAAACAGUUACUAUUCCCAUUGAAUAAACUGGAUAAUGGGUGUGUGGGUGGGACAGGGCCGGGGGGGCGGGGGGGGGGUUUUUUUAAAAAAAAAAAAAAAAAAAAAAAAAAAACCACAUUUACCUAAAGAAAAAUAUAGACACAGAAGAAAGAAGUACAAGACAAUGCCUCAUUUGAAAUUCCAGACAUAAGGUGGAAAUGGCAAAUUAUAACCUCAUUUCCCUGUUUUUAAUCUAGAAAAGCAAAGUCAUUAAUUUUCAAGUGUUAGCCCCCAGAAGUUUCAAGAGAUAGACUGAACGAUGACUUCUCUUGAUAUAUCAGUAUCUGUCUGCUAUUUAGUUAAAGUUGCUGUUCCCAGCCCUCAGUCUUAAAACUUAGUUUCAUUACUGAUGAAUUUAACAGACUCUUAUUUCAGUAAAUGUGGUCCAAUUGUCAGUAUGAAAAUUAAAUUUGGAAAAUACUACUGCAUCAUGAAGACUUAUUACUCUAGUAAUUUCCAAUUGAUAUCUGUACCCCUGAUCUAAGUAAGACCUUUAUGAAUGUAUUUUAUAUUUCCUAAUGAAAUAGAGAAUAUGCCAUCAAUGUAAUCACCUUUAUUUGCAAUCUUUUACUUUUCAUUUGAAAAUCUAACUCAUGCCUCUCAGAUUAGACAUUCCAGUGGGGAUA